AUGAAGGAUAACAUCGUCAACCCGCCGGAGAAGGAUCCGAAUUUGAUCAUGACUGUAGCUGACCAAGGUCAGGGAGGUCUCGAGGAAAAAACCCGAUCAAAUUCAACCACUCAAUUGUCGAUUGCUCUAACAAAGGAUAAUCCUGUCAUCACGACUCCCAAGCGCAGCAGCAAGCGAAACCCUUCAGAAACCGCCGAGGAUGGCGCAAUGAAAGGCCGCUCGCUCUUCCCAUCUGAAGUUCCCCAAGGUCAGGACGUCACGGUCAACACUCGCCCGAAUCCGACCACCCCUUCGUCGAUCUAG